AUGGUAGCAGCUGUCAACAUUACCGAAAAUGAGUACCACGACGCUCUCGCUGAUAUGAGAGAUUUGGGUAGAAGGCGUGCCGUGGACAAUUGCUUGAAAGAGUAUGACGUUGACAUUAUACUUGGACCUGGAGAUAGUAGGAUCAAUGAGCUCUACGCAACCACCGGCUACCCGAUGGCAGUCGUACCUCUUUCCUACGCGCGCUUCAACGGCAGACCACUCGGAAUGUGCGCUGUUUCCACCGCAAACCAAGAGGGCCUCCUCAUCCAGUUCAUGAGCGCCUGGCAAGCUCAUUUCAACACUGAGAGGCAGCUACUUACAUGGAUUGGAGGUGAUCCCGAUCAUGUCACCAAGAGAGAGCUCUGA